AUGGGCAAGAAAAAGCAGGUACGGAAGUUUGGCGAGGUAAAACGCCUCCUGAACCCUAAUGACAACCGACUGAAAACAAACCAGAAAGACAAGGCUGUAGCGGACGCCAAGAAGGCAGAAGAGAAAAAGAAACACAUUGAAGUCGCGGCAUCGUCUAUGUUCUUCCAGCAUAACUCGGCAUUGGGACCGCCCUAUCGUGUCCUGGUAGAUACAAACUUUAUCAACUUCAGUCUGCAAAACAAGCUCGAGCUUGUACAGGGCAUGAUGGACUGUCUCUAUGCUAAGACCAUCCCUUGUAUUACUACUUGCGUCAUUUCUGAAUUGGAGAAACUGGGCCCCAAGUACAGGAUCGCCCUUCGCGUAGCGCGCGACCCCCGUUUUGAGCGCCUAGAAUGCACUCACAAGGGCACUUAUGCAGACGACUGCAUCAUUGAGCGCAUCAAGAGCCACAAGUGUUACAUUGUGGCCACAUGCGAUCGCGAACUUCGCCGGCGGGUGCGCCAAGUGCCAGGCAUUCCGCUCAUGUACAUAGCCCGCCGGCAAUUCCGCAUCGAGCGGCUUCCGGACCAGGGCGCAAAAGAUUAA